AUGAUGGGCCUCAUUGCAUCCUUGCUCCAGGGUACCGUCGUACGACGCUUGCCUCCGCUCGUUACUGUCCGCGUCGGUGUGGUAGCCUGUACUGUUUCGUUCUUCCUUCUUGCUCGUGUAUCUUCCUUACCCGGGCUAUACGCUGCCAGUGGGUUUCUAGCCAUCACUAGCGCUACUGUAGUAACCGGAUUGAACAGCCUGGGGAGCUUCGAAGCAUCAGAAGGAGAGCGUGGCGCUGUGCUGGGCCGGCUGAGAAGCUGGGGACAGGUGGGCCGCGCAACAGGGCCUUUACUUUUCUGUUCGCUCUUUUGGUGGGUUGGCCGCGAGAUUGCCUAUACCACUGGAGGGUUCUUGAUGCUUGCUGUUUGCGUGGGGGUGUUUACGACGUUGAAGUCGCCUCCUAUUGCACCUCCAGCUCUAAAGAAGAAAUGA